AUGAUUGUCUCUACCUUGAUUGCAUCUUUGGCAAUUGCCUUUCCAACCCUAGCUUUGCCCACAACAUCGCCUCCAACCAACCUCCAAUCUUCGGACCAUGCAGUUCCCGGUGAAUCAGCCUUUUUUAACACCUAUUCAGGCAAAUACACUCCUAUUGCAGUCGAAUAUUUCAGGGUCAUUGCAGCGACGAGCUCAGGUCCCGCCGGUCCCGACGACCUUCUCUUCCAAAACCUACUGAGUGCCGAAUGGGCCAUAUAUACCUUCUACCAACAAGCUGCCGAGGCCUUCUCCUUCUCGUCUUUCACAAAGCUUGGUCUGCCAAACUCCACUUAUCAGCGGAUUCUUGAAAUUCGCGACAAUGAAGCCGGCCACCUUCGCAUCUUCCAAGACCAGAUAUCCAAAAACUCCAUCAAGCCCGGUCCAUGUAAGUACCGAUAUGGUUUUAACAAUGAUCCUCAGACAUGGCUCGCGUUACAAGUCUACCUAGAAGUGUCCAGCAUGGCCUUCUUGACCGGACUCGCCCGUCAAGCGAAUCUCAAUGUCUCAAAAUCUGCGCUUAUGGCAAUCGGAGAAGUGGAAACGCGUCAUAAUGUCUGGUCAUUAAUUGAUAUUUGGAAUACCAGUCCAUUUUCCGGACCUUCUGAUACGGUCUAUCCUUAUCCGAACCAGAUCCUCGAUUCUACAAACGCAUUCAUUAUACCUGGAAGCUGUCCCGACGAGAAUCCAAUCUACCCCAGUCCUCGUCAGGAUUUGCCCCAGUUGGCCUUUAGCAAGAACGGAACUACUGCGAGACCAGGGUCGGAGCUUCGUUUUGUUUUUGAUGAUGAGAAGACUGCUCCCAAGUUCGAUCAUGAGAAGGAGUACUACGCGGUCUUUUAUCACGGCCUUAAUACAGUUAGCGUGCCGUAUGAUCCGAAGAAGAAUGUCGUCAAAAUUCCUUCUCACUUUGAUAGAGACUCGGGAAUUAUUAUUGUCUCUAUUGCCGAUCAGCGUGAUGCCCCGACCGAGGAGAGUGUUGUUGCUGGGCCAUUGAUUAUCUUAGAGCAACCUGGGCGUUUAACUCUGAAAGAGCCUUCGGCUGUUUAG